ACAGCGCACUUUACAGCGCUCUGCCUGUCACUGACACAAUGCGCUACUAUUUCUGGCAGAUUUUACGAGGAGUCACAGUGGAAUAAGAGAAAACCAUGCCAAUGCUAUCGUAGGAGCCGACCGAAGACCCUUCACUUCUUUCCCGGGAUUUUUCUUUUCUGUUUAACCCUUAUCCACAAUGCUUUACUUUCAGUUGGUGAUCAUGGCAGGGACUGUCAUGCUGGCAUACUACUUUGAGUACACCGAUACUUUCAACGUGCACAUCCAGGGAUUUUUCUGUCAUGAUAAUGCCUAUACGAAGCCGUAUCUCGGACCAGAGGAGUCCAGUGCGAUCCCACCAGCCAUCCUGUACGCGGUGGUCGCAGGGGUCCCUGCACUCGUGAUUACAGUGACAGAGUCCGUGCUCUUCUUGCUGCAGUACGUCUCUGAGGAUCUAGACAACCGAGAGAAGAUCAUUGUGAUGGGUGACUGCUGUUACCUCAACCCUCUGGUCCGAAGGACAUUUCGCUUUCUUGGUGUGUACGCAUUUGGCCUCUUUGCCACAGACAUUUUUGUAAAUGCGGGGCAGGUGGUAACAGGAAAUCUGUCUCCGUACUUUCUGACGGUGUGCAAACCCAACUACACAGCGCUGGGGUGCCAACAGGUGGUGCGUUUCAUUAGCCAACAGGAAGCCUGCACAGGCAAUGAGGAUGAUAUUUUACAUGCUCGCAAAUCCUUCCCAUCCAAAGAGGCGGCCAUCAGUGUUUAUGCGGCUCUUUAUGUUGCUAUGUACAUCACAUGCUCGGUGAAGGCCAAAGGGACACGGCUGGCCAAGCCGGUGCUCUCUCUGGGGCUCAUGUGUCUGGCCUUUCUAACUGGGAUUAAUCGAGUGGUGGAGUACCGCAACCACUGGUCUGAUGUCAUUGCUGGCUUCAUCAUCGGAGGAGCCAUUGCUGUCUUUAUGGUGGUGUGUGUGGUGAAAAAUUUCAAAGGGAAGCCUUUACUGGGUGAGAUACCGCCGGAGGAGAGUGUGUCCAGUGGUCCCAUGAUCACUCAGCCCAGGAUGGAGCACACUAUGGAGAAAUACAUAGCAUCCCAGAAUCCCAUCACCUAUGCUGAGAUCACAUGACACUGAAAAGCCCACUAGCCAGAAUGCUGUGGAUAAUGUUGCUGCUCUCCGAUGCGACUUUUUACUUUGAGUGCAACGUCGAUAUGUGCUAUUUUUACACUUCUAUUUUAAAGUGUGUGGAAAAAAAAAGGUCUAUACCUUGUUGUCCUCCUUUUAACCUUUUUUUGAAAAUAGUGUAGGGUCGCAUACCUAUUUUUAUACAAACAUAUUACUGUUAGCAUUUUUUGUGGUUGAAUAUGCAGGGUAUGGUGUGAAUGUGGAAUUGCAACAUGAUGUCCAAUGAAAUGUUUAACAUAUCCUAAUGUACUAUUUACAACUGUUAGUCUAUUGUUGGAAUUUGAAGAGGUUUCUGACUGACAAGAAUUAUCGUUGUUGAUCCUCACAGAAAUCAGGUUCUUUUAUGAUUUUCUCUGCUUGCCAAAAAAUAUCACAUCAACACAUUUUUCACGAGUUUCAACACGAGUUUUUCUCAGAACAGCACACUGUUUAAGUGUUGCAUCAGAUGUUAUUCUGUGUAUUUUAAAGCAUGUUUAAAUAGCCAAUAGGGUUUAGUUACAGUAUGUUAGUCAUUAAGUAUGAUUUGCUACUUGCUAGUGGAGACAGUACUGUGGGAGGGACAUGUUCAUUCUAAAAAGCUUCUGAUUGGUCAAAACUCUGUGUAGUACAGGAUGAGUCAUCAAUAUUUUUGCUCAGUUUAUGAGGAACUUAAAAAAACUCUAAUUUUGACUUCGCAGAGUUUUUAAAGUGGGCUGAUGUGAUAAGCAGAAAUAAUGAUUUUGGUGUCAUCAUGGCAGAGAGCACCUUGGGCAGAGCUGACGGAUUUAAUUGUGACUAGCAAUUGAUUACAGGACUCACAAAAGAUUAGAUGCUCAAGCUUUUGCCCGAAGAGGCUGCUAGGUUGUGUAUGAAGGAUUGCUUUGCGUGCUUUAACGUGGCCAGUGUGUGUGUGUGUAUGUUUGUGCUUAUUUGUGAGUCUGCCCUUGAUGUCGCCUCUGUGAGAACGCAGUCUCUAGUGGCUUAGAGAAGGCCGUUUGUUUUCUUGCCAGAGCGGGAAUAAUACCUGUACCUGUGAAAGAAAGAGAGAUGGAGAUGAAAAGAGAGAGAGCAUGGACCAUCACUGUAUGAAAAACAAUGUAUCUCAGUCAGUUCACACAGAAAUAUGGCAAUAUUUGCAUUUGGAUACAUUUGCGAUUUUACAAUCUUAUGUGUUUUUGUUGUAUCAUAGACCUCAUAGCAUCAAAGGUCUGCAGUGUUUGGUUGAAUUUACAAUCUGCAGAGUGAUUUUAUACACCACACUGAGCAUAUGUUUGAUCUCACACUGACCAGUGAUGAGAUUUGAUUUUCAAAUUCAUGCUUGAAUACAUUAAAGAUAGUGUCUCCUAAUGAUGUAAAUGAUUUAUCCAAUUCAUCUCACUCAUGUAGUACUACUGAAAUCCUGAACCCUUUUAUGUCCACUGUUUGUCUCAUUAGUUAAUGCUUUCAUCAUGGAAAGCUUGUGAAUAUAACUUUUUAGAGAGGUUUUUUUUUGGCUGGCUCACUGAGGGGUUUGGGAGGCACUGUUUGUAAGGCUGCUUUGUGAUUGUGAAAGUGCUAUAUAAAUUGAAUUUACAAUUAUUCAGAAAAAGCUACUGCAUUACCUGCACAGUGACUUUAAUUCAGGGUUAUUUCUAGUGACAACUGUGUGUUUUUCCCCCAAAAGGGUUGAAAACAAAUGCGCGUUGGAAUGUGAUAAGAAUAUACGUUUGAGAUUAUAUUCCAGUCAUGAAAGCAACGAGGUAACUCAACUCCACUGGAAGAUUUUGUUUUUCCUAAGAGUGUUUUUUUUUUUUCCAACAAGCUUUUAAAAAGUUGGUAUACGCUAUAGGCUAUAUCCUUCAUAUUUGGUUUACGAAAGGAUUUAAUGCCCAAAACCCAAGUUGUGAAAGGAAUUUUGAAACGUUUGUAUGUGUAUGUUGGAGCUUGUGUUGAUGGUCUGGCAAUGACCUCAGAGACUGAACUGGAAAGGAAAGCAACUUCCCUGAGCCCAACAUG